AUGACGAUUCCGGCAGUUAUAGCCUUUGGAGAUUCCAUUGUCGAUAACGGAAACAACAACAAUCUCACAACUUUAGUCAAAUGUAAUUUCCCUCCCUAUGGCACCGAUUUCAUCCAUCAAAUUCCCACAGGAAGGUUUUCCAACGGCAAGACUCCCGCUGACUUAAUAGCUGAGAAGCUGGGAAUCAAAGAGUUACUUCCAGCUUACUUAGAUCCAACCUUGCUCGAUAAUGAUCUCCCAACCGGAGUUACAUUUGCGUCUGGCUCCUCCGGCUACGAUCCUCAAACAUCUCAAAUAGCGUCUGUGAUACCAAUGAUGCAACAAUUGGAGUUAUUCAAAGAAUACUUGAGAAAAAUUAAAGGAUUAGUAGGAGAGGAAAGAAGCAGUUUUAUCUUGAGCAAUAGCCUCUUUCUCGUGGUGGCUGGCUCCGACGAUCUAGCCAAUACUUAUUUCACCUUUCGCUUAAGAGAGGCUCAAUAUGACAUCAACUCUUAUACCGAUCUCAUGCUACAAUCUGCUACCGAUUUCAUUAAGGAACUCUACAAAUUGGGCGCUCGCAAGAUUGCGGUUUUCAACGUGCCACCAAUAGGGUGCCUUCCAUCUCAAAGGACUCUAGGUGGGGGUGGGCUAUUAAGGGUGUGUGCAGAGCCAUACAACCAGGCAGCACUCUUAUACAAUACCAAGCUCUCGAACAUGAUUAGUUCGAUUGGGACUAGAUUCAGCCUCGACCAGAAGGCUAGAGUGGUCUAUAUAGAUGUUUACACACAAUUGUUUGAUAUAAUUAUGAACCCUACAAAAUAUGGGCUUGAAGUGGUGGAUAGAGGAUGUUGUGGCACGGGCACUAUAGAAAUGAUUAUAUUGUGCAACAAAUAUAGCUCCACAUGCUCAAAUCACUCGUCGUAUUUAUUCUGGGAUAGUUUUCAUCCUACCGAAAAAGGGUACAAGAUUUUAGUUGAUGAGCUAAUUCAAACGUAUCUACCUAGAUUCUUUUGA